UGACGCGCUACGCCAUCUUGCAUUCAGCGAGCGUCGAGCUCAACAGAAACGCAGUUCUCGCUUCGCCGCUGCACCAAGUGAGAUUUCAGAGAGAUGAACAGUCAGAGCUCCCGCAACGAAACGGCAGCCGCCGCGGUUAACGGCUCGGAUACAACGGCGGCGGCUCCCCGAGACCGCAAAACCGGAGGCGGUGUUCUGAAAAGGCUGAAAUCGCGACGAAAUCAAGUGGACAGACGGCCUGUAACGGAGGAAGAGCUGCGGGCGCUGGGGAGAGACAUCACUCCGGAUGAAGUUUUGGGACUCCGUGCAGUCACUCGCGACUAUUUGUGUAAACCAGAGGACAACAUCUACAGCAUUGAUUUCACACGGUUUAAGAUCAGAGACCUGGAGACGGGGACGGUCCUAUUUGAGAUUGCCAAACCGCCACACUGUGACCUUGAUGACGAGGAUGAGGAAAACGGAGAGAUUGACACCAGCGCCGGGCGCUUCGUUCGCUACCAGUUCACACCUGCGUUCCUUAAGUUACGCACAGUCGGAGCCACGGUGGAGUUUACAGUUGGCGAUCGACCUGUUACCAAUUUCAGGAUGAUUGAGAGGCAUUAUUUUCAAGAUCGCCUCCUGAAAAGUUUCGACUUUGACUUCGGCUUCUGUAUCCCGAACAGCCGGAACACGUGUGAACAUAUUUACGAGUUUCCUCAGCUCCCAGAUGACCUCAUUCGAUUGAUGAUUGAGCACCCGUAUGAGACCAGAUCAGACAGCUUCUACUUUGUGGACAACAAACUCAUCAUGCACAACAAGGCAGACUACGCUUACAACGGGGGCCAGUAGUGCCACUUCAAACAGGAAACCUGACGAUUGUUUGUUGGAGUGACCGUGUGCUUUUGCGUGGAAUGCAAAUACAGGACCGCCCCUCACUACCAGCAACACACGGUGUUGUCACCAGCAUUACGAUCUGGCACCAUCGACCCACCCAACUGGAAAUGACCAUCCCUCAAUGAAGUUCCUGCAUUCCACAGACUGCACGCACUACUUGUGGGUUUGGCCAAAAAAAGCGGAGCCUUUCUCCUCCGCCACACUCGACUAGCCGGAACUGAAGAAUUGUCCUGUCAUCCUGCUUAAGGGCGACUACAAUAGAGGAGAUUUGUUUUGUAACUUUCGUUGUCUAACUUCCUACUCCCACUACCUUUGUCCUGUUUUGUGAGAUUUUUAAAACUCUGAAGUUGUGUUAACAAACUAAAUCUUGAGUGGGGUCUUUCUAAAUGUGCUAAAUGAAGCAACCCUGCCACAUUUAGCUUUGGUUAAUAAACAAAAAGAGGGGUUUUGCACAGAUUCGCGAAGUUAUAGACGGGAUAUUGCGGUGUAGUUUAUCAGAGCCAACACUAUUGCAACACUUUCAGACAUGUGAUCAGGAUUAGUAUGUAGGGUUCACAGGUCAUCUGUCUUUGUCAUAUACGAGGGCUUUCGAUGUCAAGCUCAGCUGUGCGUACAGAAACCCUUUUUUCACUCGUGUCACACAGAGAGGGUUGGGAUUCCCAACAGGGUGUGCUUGUGCACCUUUCAAGCUGUUUAGCCUCUAUCAGAGCUUUGAUGUUUACCUUUGAUCUAAUUCAACAUGAUGCUUAAUAGCGGUUGGGAAUUGGUUGAGAAACAAAAAUUGAAAAGGCCUUUAGAGCCCAUCAGAGAGCUCUAACUUUACAUAUUUGAUCAAUAUUAACUUGAUUUGAUUAGCUUACGAUCAAAGCAAAUCAUGUUACAGUUGCAAAACACCCAUUCACAGUCAGUUCUCAGUGAAACAGUAACUUGCUUAUAUUCUUAAGUGUCCUUAAGAGGAGUAAUAUGAGACUAAAGGACCAAUGUUUGUCAAGUAUUUGUGGUUGCAUGUCUGUCUAUUGCCUUACUUGUGCUGUUUACAUAGGUCUUUGUACCGUCUAUGUGUUGACAUGCUGUAAUUUACAUUGAGUAAUUUACCAUAGAUUUUGGGCCGUAUAUUAGCUUCAGACAAGAUCAAAUUUGGUUUUAUUCAUAUUAAUUAUUCUCUAUUUUCAGUCUACCUGGUUUGUUUAAUCCCUUACUGAGGUAAUAAAGUGUCUUUAUAUUCUUUAAAAUAUUCCGUUGUCACAGCAAGGUUGUGAUUUGCUCAUCUUUGGUGGUUUCUUGUACAUCAUGGACACUAAUGUGUGGAUUUUUAGUAAUAGCAAUUGCUUUAGGAAUGCUGCUCAUGCUUUACAUUUGUUGUGUAAUAUGUCUACUGGAAUUCAUGUGUCUUUUUAUUUAGCCAUUUAUUACGUGAAGCCUGUAUCAGGACUGGUAUAAUGAAAUAUUUCAUAAUAUGACAUUCUUUAACAAAGCAUUCUGCAAAAAAUUACUUGUUUGUAUGUUAGAGCUAACAGGAACCAUUAAGGUGCAUAGUAGGUUAAUUAAACCAUAAGGAAACGUUUUCAUUAAAGACAAGCAUGAGUGAUACUGAUGGCUUUAAGAUUGUUUACAUUAAAUAUUCAUUGAAAGUAAAUUCUCAUGACAUUCUUAGCCCUUGAAGCUCAGUGACAAAUGUGUAUUGUACAUGUACAGUUACAGCUGCAUCAGAAUGAUGUUACCCAUGUGUUCUGAGAUCUAGGCUCUUGGUUUAAAGAAGUUGACAAGAUUGAAAACAAAUCAAAAAUUCAGGCUCCAUUCUGUAAUUGGGGGAAGCUGUUUGUUGGGGAUAGUUCACUCAAAAAUGAACAUUUUGUUAUCACACUCAAACUGUUCUAAACCUGUGUGAGUUUAUUUCUUUUACUGAACACAAAAUAAGAUGUUUUGAAGAAUUUUGGCAACCACUUUGUGGUCCCCACUGACUUCCAUAGUAUUAUUAUUAUUAUUAUUAUUUUUUUUUUUUUCAAACUGUGGAAGUCAGUGGAGACCAGCAUGUGUUUGGUUACUAACAGUUUUAAGGAGAUUUUAUGUUGAACAGAAGAGGGUGAGUAUAACAGCAUUUUAAUAUUUUUAGUGAACUGUCCCUUUAAAUAAUAAUAAUAAAAAAAAGUUCGAAGGCCCGCUCUCUUGUAGGAAUAUUGUAUUAUACUGUAUAAAGUAGGAAUUCUGUUCAAAGAGAUAAAUAAAAUACAUUUUAUAAACGAAAUCUGU